AUGGUACGUUGUGAUAUGCCCACGCUGCUUUCCUUAUUGCUGCUGGUGCUUGCUGCUGUCAAUGCUGCUGCUGCUGCUGCUACCACUGGUGUUGAAGCGUCUGUUGUCGGUGCAGGGCCGCAGUGUGCUUGGGUGUUCAGUGCCGACGAGGGCGCCACGACGACAAGUGUGCUGCGCCGCCAAUGGGAUUACAAUGCAUGCGCCGGCCAGUACCUGACGGUGGCAACGCGCGCUCCCGUGCUGCCUGGGUUCGUGAUCCCCAAUGCGCACUUCGCCGCUGUACAGUAUAAGCCCGCCAUGACGGGGCUUCGGGAGGGCGAGGUGCGCUACGUUUCGCAGCAGUUGACCGUCACCUGUGAUGUUUUUACACCGCUCUGCGCAAAAGCGGAGGUUUACUACGUUAUCCACGGCGCGGUACCAAGCCCGAGUAAUACCACCACAACGGAAGCGCCAACAGAGCCCAACAACAACACAACAACAACUACUACAACGACAGAGGCGCCAACAGAGCCUAACAACAAUACCACAACAACACCCACCACUUCAACAGAGGCACCGACGGAGCCCAACAACAAUACCACAACAACAACGGAGGCACCAACGAUCAUGCCACCCAGGUGCCCAGCUACCGGUGUUCCUCCAUUGGUGGAGGCGAACCUGUCAGAGUCUGUCCGCCUAGAGCCGCUCCGCUAUGUAGACAAUUGUGCAGCACCGCAACGCCUCGUUAUGAGCAGCAGCACCAGCAGCAGUAAUGCCACUGAUGUGCCUCCAACAAAUUAUUUCUCCAUUGAGAAGGAUGUCAUUCUCUGGUUCGACCGAAAUGCGACAAAUAAUCAAGAGGGUCUUUUCAGUGCUAAUCUGACCGUUUAUUGUGGCGGUGUCCCCUCUUGUUAUGAUGUGCAGGUACAGGUACUUGCUGUGCGACGCCCCCUCACGCCACCGCCGACUGAGUUGCCGCCUGACUGCGGCCUCACCUACGGCUACCGUGUGGAUUUUGAAGAGAAUGCUCGACUUGUCAUAAAUCCGCACGCUGAAGAUGCGUGUCCUGUUGGCACUAACACAACUUUUACACUUGUGACGGCGCCGAAAUACAACCCGGACAGGUUUCGUCUCAAUCAAAGCACAGGUGUCUUCUAUUAUGCCGCGCCUGCAGGACCUCAGAUAAAAACCGAUGCGUUUGUGUUUGUUAUUGGCUGUACCUCCGCUACUGGAUCAACAAGUAAGCCAAAAUGCAUGGGGCACGGAAGUAUCUUAGUGACAGCAGCAUCUCCGCCCUCAGAAGAAGAGGAGUGCCCCGGCUAUUUCGUCUUUACCUACAGCAAGAAUAACGGCGGUACCGAAGUGGAGGAGUCCUACAGCCUUAUACGUGCUGCUGAUAACAGCAGCAAUGCAUCCUUCUGCUCUGGUGGGAAUUACACUGGCGCGCAGCUUCGGGCACCGGCUGCGAACGGUACCGUCACGGAUUUCAACAACAAUACCGGUGAGUUUCACUACAUUGCGUCGGGCGACACUGUAGACUACUUUGAGUUUACGUUGACGUGUGUCACGAAGGAUGUGUGUUACGGCACCGCUACUAUGCAGCCCCGUGCGCCGACGCCCAUACCAUCACCGACACCGACACCGACAACAACACCAGAGGGCCCGCGGCCAGUGUACGACCUCGACAGCAUUGUGUGCAGAGGCACGUGUGAUGCAGCGGCGUGGCUCUCGUCGCCGCGGUACCCGAGCGUGUUUGACGUAACAGACGGACCGAGGGGUGACCGAAGCCACGUCACGCCCCGCCGUGACGGGAAGGCACCUGACGCAAUGGACUUUGAGGUACGCGUCGAUGGGCAGUCGCUGGUUCUACGGGCGUACACGACUAUUGGUAAUAUGGCCGCGCGUUUCGUCACUUUUGCGCCGCUUAGAGGCUCUGGUAGUGAAUACCUGACGUCAGCGUACCUGCCUAAGGAUGCGGGUUCCUCGUUUAACGCAACGUGCCUCGACCAUCAGGCAAAUUUUGGCCUUGCCUCCUCUAUAUGGACAUGGGAUGGAGACGAUGACGAAGAAAGUGACAACAACGAAAACAAGGACCUGCGUGGGCACCUCAAUUCAGAGACAGGCGAGUAUGUGAGUGGGGAGAAUUAUUUCCACAAGUUUGGAGGAAAACACCGUGAGUGCGACGUGUUUCGUACUGAUCCUUGCAAGUAUGCACCGAUGCUGACGCCCUCUUCGGCCGGCAUCGCGGGCACAGACAUUGACUGGAAGUUAUACGUGAAUGAUUGUGAUGCAACAUGGGUGGGGAACAUCACGCUUGAGCGACUGCGUCUGCUGCGCAACAGCACCACUGGCAUGCCACUCUUUAAACUUGUGAAUGGGUCAAUGCUGGUGGGCACCAUUUACUCACAAGUGGUGAAGCCUGCGAGCUGGUCUCCACCAUACAAUGGGAUAUUGUCAAUGCAGCGCGCCUACACGGUGCGCAUUUUUAUCGGGAGCUCCAUCGGCACAGCCGUCGACAUCUCGCCUGAAGAUGUGACGGUCAUAAAGGAAGGUGAUGUCACAUCAAAUCACACAAUGGAGGAGGCAACCCAAACAAAAUCAGCAGUAGAAGCAGCCGCAGCACUCAAUGCAUCGUCACUACAGGGCAGAAGUGAAAAUAUGAGUCCAUUCAACGUCUCUGUCGAUGUGCGGUUUGCCGCUGCGAUAGACCCGCUGACAGGGGAACGCCUCUAUGGAUAUUCGCUGAUGCUAUACCCAUACAGGCUGAACUACUCCGAUCUCAUCUACAGUGUACCGAAACUUGAUCACCUCAACGCCACGCAACUACACGUCAAGAGUGUGGAUCUUCUGAAUAUGUCGUGGGUGACACCGAAUCCACUGUACUGCCCCGAAUGUACUGGCAAGGCGACAACAUGCAAAGGCACUGGGACCGGCCUCAAUCUUGACUGCGAUCCAAUCAUCCGCUUCGAGCCAAUCGGGCAGCUGCCUAUAUUUCCUCAGGAAGAAUUCGAAAGCGGACGUGAAGGUCAGUUUCUUAACAUUUCCUUGGUUGCACGCGUGGUUGGAAACGACACGUCGCUUUCUGCUGCAGGUGACCCACAGGGUUCAUUUGCGUUGCUUAUUGGCUUUGUCAAUGGUCUUGACAUUGCCAUCAAUGUGCAACAGAUAGCGCAUAUUAGAGGAAUCAACCUGGCCAUGCGAGGGUCAGUUUGCCGUUCCUCUGCAUACUGGCCUGUGCCAGAUACUCUUGGUACAUCGGUACCUAUCAACCCGUUCAACGCCACCCAGAUGUUGAAUAAUUACAUCAAUUGGCCUCUUGAUGGCGCGGAAGCUGAUGAGCAGAAGCCGUACUACGGUGCCCCGCGGCCGCUUCACCCUGACACAGUAUGUGUAGCAAGUAGCGAACUGAGGCGGCCGGAACGCGUUGUGUUAAACAGCACAACCGCCUCUGUGUACCCAGACGAGCAAGGGGCUCCGUUCAUGAAGUUGGCGAUGUGUGCGGCGACGGGUGGGCAGGUGUACGGCGUGACAGACUGGGUUUAUGUAUCACUGGACGACAUCACCAGUGGCGCCGCCGCGGAUUUUUUGGAGCACAUAUCAUUGGAGUAUCUCAUUCUGUCAAUUGAUGCAUGGGAUGUGAUGGGCGUGUUGCUGCCUAGCAACGUCACAAAAGAUGCAAAGCAGUUGCACUUCGUACUCGAUGGCGCGUCGCUGCCUGAUGUGGUGGGUGAUGAUGUAUUAGGAAAGGAAGAAGAAAAACAAAAGUGGAUGGGCGACGUGACUGACGCGAACACGCAAGUUUUUCUUCCCUGGGAGAAGUACGCUGCGUACCUUCGGUACCGACGCAUUGAUCUUCGCCCGAACCUAAGUCCGAACAAAACAACAUCGUCUGUGGUGAACUCAUUCCACUUUGCGUUUGUGCCAGGUGCUCUUCUACAUCGCCACAGUAAUACACGUGCUGUGUUUCACCUUCGCGCAGCUCUGCGUUUUACGUCUUCUGGGGGAAGUGGCGAGUCGCGUGUGGAGGAGUACCUCUUUACAAUCCCUGUCUCUGCGCAGAUUUCAUCGGAGCUGCGAUUUGACCGCGACGCGUACACGCCGCAAGUGACACCGAAGAAGUCUGGUGGACUCAGCAAGAAAUCUGCGACUGCGCUGUUUAUAGUCCUUGCGGUUGCUAUCGUUGCUGUACUUAGCGCAGCCUUCUAUGUGGAGACACAUUACAAUCGGGUACUGCGCUCCGCGAAGCGGCGUCUGCGCAAGCAACUCGCCAGCGGAAAAGCUGAUGCCUUUGGAUCAGAGUCGCCACAGCGGCCACGGGAGCAUUUCUCACCACUGGUGGAUCAUCCGGGUGACUUUUCGAUGAGCGGUGGCACCAAGAGCAUUGUCAAGGCUGGUGGAAAGGCGGAAGAGAGCAAGGUGUCACCGGCGCAGGCGACAAAGCCGACGACGACGACGCCAGUAACAGGUAUUAAGACAAGCUAUGGCGUAGUACAGAUUGAGCAGAGCCGCACACAAGAGCAGGAGGAGGGGAGCAGUGAGGGCCCAUCGUUGUCUGGUACCCUGGCGGUGCGUGUAGAGGAAACGCACGCCAAGGAUGAUGCCAGUAGGGUGGGAGAGGAUCUCAAAUAG